AUGAGUGGAUUCGAAAAAACUGGCAUAUUUCCCUUCAACCAACAUAAAUUUAAUGACGCUGAUUUUGCAUCUAGUUACGUAACGGACCGUCCUAUGGAAACUGUUAGUAAUGAGCCACAGCCUUCGACAUCGUCCACUCCUCCGCCAACAAUAUUGUCUAAUCCACAACCUUCAACACCGUUAGAUCCGCAGCCAUCAACAUCAUAUGAUGCACAGAUAUCAACAUCAGUUGAUCCACACGAAUGUUUUUCCCCCGAAAUCGUGCGACCACUACCUAAAGCCGGACCACGAAAGUCAACUAUUAAUAGGAAGCGCCGAAAAACUGCUAUUUUGACGGACACACCAGAAAAAGAAAAUCUACGUAAAGAACAAGAAACCUUGAGUAAGAAAAAGGCUAAAGGUGUAAACAAGAAAAGCAAAGCAACUAAAAGAGUUGAGAAAGUAAAAAAAGCUAUUUUACAAGAGGUUAAUAGUGAUUCCAGCUCUGACGAUGAAUGCUUCUGUUUGAUUUGCUGCGAGAAGUACAGUGACAGUGUUCCAGGCGAAGGUUGGAUUCAAUGCAAUCUUUGCAAACAAUGGGCCCAUGAAAAAUGUAUCUCAAACAGAGGUAGCAUUUACUUUGUUUGUAUUAACUGUGAUUCAGAAAACGAUGAGUCUGAUUAA